AGCCGGGAAGGAGCUCUUCCUUAGCCAAUAGGAUACUCGGGAGGCUGAGAAGGCGCUAAAUGCGAAGAGGAGGGAGGAGGGAGCGAGGCGACUGCGGCGAGAGCCGCUUCUGCGGUGAAGGUGGGUCCUUGGGAGCGGUGAAGUCGUGGGGGGAGAGGGGGUGCCACGCGGACCGAUGCAUUGCAGGGGGUUGGACUUGAUCAUCCAUUGGGCUCCUUUCGAUUCUGCGAGAGGCCGCCUGCUGCUGGACGACCCCCAGGGUUCUCACCCCACUGCAAGCAGAGCUGGAGGGGGGCGAGAGCUGUGCUGGCAAGCGCAGACUGGGGUUGGAGGGGCGGGGGUCGGCGCUCGGAGCUGCUGUGCUCCUGGCAGUGCCGGAUUUACGUAUAAGCUAAACAAGCUAUAGCUUAGGCCCCCCAAAAAAAUUAAAGGGAAAAAAUGGAUAUACUGUACAUUUCCAAAAUAUAAGAUAAUGAACAAAGUAAAACAGUGUUUUGUGUUGUGUAGGCUCCUAUGAUGUAAAUAAUGGGCCCUGCCUGCUUGCCUUUUGUUAUGUGCCAAUGGCUUUAGAUACCUAUUGGGCCAAAAAUUACCAUAUAGCAUAUAAAAAGGUAAAGGGACCCCUGACCAUUAGGUCCAGUUGUGGCCGACUCGGGGUUGCAGCGCUCAUCUCGCUUUAUUGGUCAAGGGAGCCGGUGUACAGCAUGACUAAGCCGCUUCUGGCGAACCAGAGCAGCGCAUGGAAACACCGUUUACCUUCCCGCUGGAGCGGUACCUAUUUAUCUACUUGCACUUUGACAUGCUUUCGAACUGCUAGGUUGGCAGGAGCAGGGACCGAACAACGGGAGCUCACCCCGUUGCGGGGAUUCGAACCGCCGACCUUCUGAUCAGCAAGUCCUAGGCUCUGUGGUUUAACCCACAGCGCCACCUGCGUCCGUAGCUUAGGGCCUCAUCAAACCUAAAUCCAGCCCUGGCUCCUGGGGCCACUGGCUGCCAGGUAUCUCCCUGGAACGUGGGGAGCUACUUCCUGCCGAGUCAAGCCAUUGGCCCUUCUAGCUCAGCGCUGCCCACACUGACUAGCAGUGAGAGUCUCACCAGGGUUUGAGGCAGGGAGGCCUCCCUGGAAAUGCCAUUGGGGUUGUGGUGAUUGUGGUUGUUAUGUUGUGGCUGUUGCUGGGGUUAUUGUUGUUACCUGCAUUUAUAUACCACCUUUUUCUCCAAUGGGCUUGGGGCAGUUUGCACACAAAGCAGGCAUGCUGUUGCCGAGCUAUUAUGGUCCUUCGUCUGAGUGUAUUGGGAUCAUCUUCAACAGAUAUUCCCCUGCCUUUGGCGCUGGGGCAGAUGGACUACCUGAAGCUGCCUUACGCUCCUAGACCAUCUAAGAUGGCAGUCAGAAGUCCUCCAAGGUGUGUGGGAGAGUCUUUCUCCCAUCUUUUAAUCUAGCAAUGGCCUUAUUAUAAGUAAAGCAGGCACUCUGCCGCAGAACUGGAGCCCUUCAGGAAAGCUUGAAUGGGAAUCUCAGCACCUUUGAACUGGCUAGCGAUUACAAUUGUUGGGCAUUUGUCUAGCUCAGCUUUGCUGGUUUUGCUUUGGAUACCAUUGUCAGAACAGAAGCUCAAGCUCCUGCUUCUGCCUACAGUGGGGAACAUAACUGCCCUUAAAGUCAUUUUCAACUUGUUAUUGACCAAAGUUUAUUUUCGCUUACGAUGCUUAUGUAUUUCAACUGUGUAGGUUUUGUUUGUUUUCUCUCCCCCAGCCUACUUAAAAAAACAGAAUGGCAGCCGUUCCUCAGAAUAACCUGCAGAAGCAGCUUGCACUUCAUUCAGCCAAAGCCCCUCAAAGAAACCUGGCACCACCCAAACCCAAGACUAUGUAAGUAUUGCCCCCCCCCGAGCAUCUCAAACUGAACAUGAUCAAACAGUGGCAAUCAAUAUUUACCAAUAUUGAGCAUGUACUAGGCAUUAAUGAUAGUUACUUGGGGAAAUAUUUAUUUUCCUCUUGCCAUAACAUGGAAAAUACCUUAAGAACUGCAUAAAAAUAAGGGGGAAAGUAACUCUCUCCCUCUCUCUCUCUCUCUCUCUCUCACACACACACACACACAAAUAAAAGUGAGCGAUGUAUACAAAAUCCUUUUACAAAUUUUAAAAAUGGGAGUCCAGGAAAGCUUGGGUAAAUGUAAAACACAUUUAAAGGUAAUUUCUGUCUAAUUUCAGGUGUUAGUAAUGCUUAGAAAUAGUUAAUGAGCAACAUGUUUGUGAAUUUAAAUACAUGGCUUGAAAUGAAAUGAAAGGCUAAUUUUUAAAAAAAUCUGGGCAUGCUCACUUUCCUGGUCCAAUUAUCUGUUUCCUGGUACAUACUGUAUAUUGAUACUUUGGUCCACUGUAAACAUGAAUACUAAUUUGCUGUUUAAAAUUUAAACAGAAUAAGUGAUAAGAAACUGAAUGCCAAAAUGAGACUAAGAGUAGAUAUCUCAUUUAUUUUUUUUGCAAUGUUUGUAUAUAGUAUUCAAGCAUGUGUUUGAAAGCAGAGGAAAAUACCAUGGCAUAAAGAAUGCAGGACUUGAUGAAUCACUCAAAGUCUAAAUAAACUGUUUGGCUCUUUUGUAGGGGAUUUACAUUCAAAAAGAAAACCUCUCUUGACAACUGUACACCAGUAAAAUAUUUAGCUGGAACAAAGGAUUUGACCUUAAAAGAGAAGGAUGCUAACUCUUCCUUGACAAAUCCAAGUGUGUCAAAGGAUAAGCAGAUGAGAAUCAGUGAAGUUUUUGCAACAACAUUGAAAAAGCAGGAAGGAAAACACAAUUAUCCAAAUGAGCAAUGUCAAGAUGUUCUGGAUUGUUUCCAGUCUUCUGUAAAAGAAAGUGAUGUGGGCAGCAAACCAGAUGACCAUCAGCUCCUGAAAUCAGACCAUAAUUCUUCAUACAAUUCAGUUAUUAAUAUUGAUGAUGUCUGGGAUGACACUGAUGACUUUGAAAUAUCUGGUCCACGAAAGGUAUGCUCAAAGCGGCCUGGUUCCUUUUCAGACACCCAGUCUGUAAAAGCUAGGAAGGCUCCAAAAAACCAUAGUCCCAUCUCCAGUAAGUCAUUAAAAGCAGAUGGCAUGGGAAGAGUUAACCAAGAAUGUAAUGGACCCUCUGUGCAUGAGAAGAACAAAAUACAGAUGCUUGACAAGGAAUCAGAUCCUGCUGGAAGCCAAUCUGUCAUUUGCCUUGAUUCUCCCAUACCCAGCCCUUGUGAAAGCUUUGUAAGUGAAAAACUUCAAGAGGAGAAGCCUGUGGAAAGUCCCUUCGGUGACAAAAAGGAAGAGCAUUUGAAAGGUAAAUGGCUUUCUUUCUAGUCUAUUAAUAGUAUUAUUUAUUUUAAAUGUUUAUAUAGCAUCCUUUGUCCAAGAUCUCGAUCUGAGUAACAGUCAUUAAACCACAGAAUAAGCCAUAAAAUUGCAUAUACUAGUUCAUUUUCACACCAUGCAAAUAGAUGUAUUCAGUCAGUUAUCAAAUGCUUUCUAGCACAUAGUUGGCUAAAUAUAAAGGAGCAGGGAGUUUUAAAUCUGGGGUCCCACCAUGGAGAAGGCCCAUCUCCAUAUGGGAUACAGCACCCAAAGGUGGGGGCUUUUUGCAGUGGGGAUAGGUGGCUGGGUUUUUAAGUUGUAUUACUGGGUGGGUUUUAUUGAUAUUUUAAAUUGUCCUCGGUGUGUUUUAAAACUGUUGUUAGUCAAAUAUUCUUAUUGCUUGUUUUAAAGCACAGAAUGAUGCUGACUUCAUCCUAAAUGAAAGUGAGGAACCAGAUGAAGUGUGGAAUGAUCCAGCUAUGUAUGAUGCCUUUGAGGAUGAAAACUACGUAGACUGCAUACCACCCUCUCCAGAGGAAGAAAUACCUUCUUCUGCAUCCUCUUUGAAAAGCAUUAGGUAUGAUGGAAAUGAAAAGUCCACAACUUGGUUCUUUACCAGAACCAUCUCUGGUAGCCCGGGUAGGAUGGUGAAAUAAUGGAUCUGGAGUUUUUUCAUCAGUGAAUGACCAAAAUGCUGGUGGAACAAAUAAGCUUAGUAAGAAGUGUUUUCUAGCUGAUGCGAAAAACUUCAUUCACAGCAGUGUAUUUAUACAGGAUGACUUAACAACUUCUUUUUAAUGUUAGGUAUGUUUCCAGAGAAGCUGCUGUUGAGAAAACACUGGCCCUUGAAAGUUUGAAAAGCAGCCUUCCAGACUUUGGAGAAACCACCCAUGGAAACAGUGAUAGGCAGGAAGGUAAAAUAACUCCUCCUGAAGGGGCUUCACCUGCUUGCUUUCAGAAAGUGCAGACCACAUUGUGGUCUUCAGAUACAGACCUGUCUGCAGCCUUGCACCUGACUAAAUCACAGGACUGGGUAGUAAGUGCUUCAGCUUCUAUUAAGAUUUUGCAAUGUGACUUAAGGUUUUUUUUUAAAAAAAACACCUAAGAACUGUGUGGUGGGCAUGUUUUCCUGUAAAACUUCCCUUGUUUCCCUUUGAAUUACAAACAUGCUUAAAUUCCACUGAAGAGAAUCUUAAGGACUUCCUUGAAAAAGCAGAUCAUUUGCAAGUUGCUGGUAGAUGGUGACUAAAGUGGUGCUUUAACCUUACUGUGUUUCAUUUCAGACAAGCAUUCACUUUUGGGACAGUCCCUCUACAGUGUGAUGGAAGACAUCUGCAAGCUGGUGGAUUCUGUUCCAGAAUGGGAGCUGAAGUCUUUGUCGUGUGGAAAGGAGCUGCUUCAGCAUAGAGAUCGCAGGUCUGUCUUGAGAUGCCACUAAUCCAGAGUGUGUUCACAGGCUCUGUUUAUCUCUUGUGUCUCUGAGAUAAAUACUCUCAAGAAAUCUUGGUCUGGCAAUUAAGGCAAGUUUAUAUCAAAUUUUAUGGUAAGCAAAGGCAUCUUUAUCUGGCUCUUUGGCUAUUAACCUGGUCUAUAAAAAAGUUGAAAUAAGAGGAGACUGAGAGAAGAUAUGAUAGCCAUCUUCAAAUAUCUAAAUGGCUGCCACAUGGAGUAAACUUGUUUUUGUUGAGUUCCUUGCACUGCAGGGGGUUGGACUAGAUCACCCUUGGGGUCCCUUCCAACUCUACGAUUCUGUGAUUCUGUGUAUUAAUAGUUCAUGUUUUUUUUCUUUAUUUCCAGAAGAAAACUCUUAAAGAAUGGCACUAAUGGAAGUAGAAAGGACAGUGGCAUAUCUUUGGAUGAAAAUUGCAAACUUUAUUCUGGACAUGAAAGAUCUAUGGAUGGUGGUGUUUCUUUUCAACUGGGAAGAACCUCUGCCACUGACCCUUGUAGGGAAUUGUUCAUGUCUAGACAACCUUCCCCAAAGGUUGCACCCCAGCAUAACUUUCAUUCAACCCCCUCCUUUGUACCAAGGACUCAAGACUCCAGUAAUGCUGACCUGUCAGUUUUUUCCAAGACUUUUGCUAUGGACAGUAGCAUCUCGGAAAAUGCAGGAUUGUCUCUUUCUAAAAGAGGAGUCGACAACAGAAUCUCCUCUCUGAACAGUUCCAUCAAAAAUCCAAGGACAGAAUGGGGAGAAAAGGGUUGGCUGUGUUCAAAGGGGAAUCAAGACCAAGAGAAACUCACUCUACUUCAAAAUAAUUUGAGAGAGAAUUCCUCAGCAACAGAGAAUGUGGCCUUUGAUGAUGAUUUUGAUAUUGAUGACUUUGAUGAGUUGGACAACGUAAUAAACACUUCAACUUUACAGCCACCUAGUACUUGCUACCAGCGUACUGAGGAAGCACAGCCUGCCAAACCAUUCCUGGAAAAAAGCUCCCUUACAGCUAAGGGAAAUGGUCAUUUUUCAAAUCCUAUUUUUCCCAGAGCAAACUGCCAAGGUGCGCCUGCCAAGAGCUGCUUGGGUAAAUUAUGCUAAUUCUCUGUCACAGAAGCUAGUUGUGCCAGGGAGCUAUUGUGUAGAGAGUAAUUAACUAAUCUGACACAUUGCUUGAGUUGCAAUGGGAAUACUAUUCAUUGCUUCAUCACAGUCACUUGGUAGCAGCUUUGCUUUUCCUUCACGAGGUCACACUUUUGUCACUGCAUUUCUGAGUUCUGAAAUUCUUUGAGAAAUGUGACACAUACACACACACAUGAUUUUUCUUCAGUACCAAUACCAAAUUCUGCUGUAGGGAGUGUAUAGCAUUUUCCUUUUCGAACAGCAAGGAUUUGCUCUCACAUUAACUUGAGCAGUGAAGUUCUCUGGUUUUGCUUUGUGGUUGUGCUGCUGCUGCUGCUGCUGCUGCUGCUGCUGCUUCGGUGGGGGUUAGGGCUGCUGUUGUGAAAUGUCAACUUUGCUGCCCGACACUGUUUUGUUUCGAAGAUAAAGUUUGAAAAGAUUCACUGGGUCAUGUCCAAAGUGAGAGUUAAGCAGGUGCCAAACUAUGCUGUUGUAAAUAGUGGGGACCAAGAUUGCUUACAUGUGUGAAUCAAUUACAUUCAGUGAGACCAGAAGCAUGACUUUGAGUUGAGAUGUCACAGGGUCCUAUAGUUAUAUUAAGGAAUCCAGGAUAACUCCCAGCUCUUGAUUUUGCAUUGCCAACACAGUUGAGGAUCACUCUCCACCUAUCCAGCCACACUAGUAUACUUACAAUAUAAUUAUGCAAAAUGAGUUAAGAGUAAGCUGUUGAUAUGCUACAGGGCACACACAAAAACCAAGCAAUUGUUAUUUAUUCUGGUAACCUAUUUUCUUCUAGAUCCACAGGUUAAAAAUCCACCUUCCAGAAAUCCAUUGCUAGAGCACUUCAGAGGCUUAACAUUUCCGCAUUCCAACGAAAUGAUGAAGAUAUUUCACAAAAGAUUUGGUCUGCAUCACUUCCGGACAAAUCAGCUUGAAGCCAUCAAUGCUGCUCUGCUGGGCGAAGACUGCUUCAUCUUAAUGCCCACAGGUGUGUGAUGGCAAGGGUGCCUGCCAACCGCAUGUGGUCUAGGGGGCUAGUCUGGCAACCUGGGAGGUUUUCAGAAGGCGUGCAAUGAGUAAAAAGGUGUGGGAGACUCCUGGCAAAUGACCUUUUGGCUCCUGAGGUGAUGAAGUGCCACAACCUUUUAUUGUGUAUGUCAGCAAAGUGAAAGGUGCUGUCCUUAAGGACACACAAUGUGCAUUUGGACAGCAAAGUUGAAGACUGACACACAGGUUGUGGGGAGAUCUGGAUCAUAGUGGAGGCGUGGGGUUGCUAAAUGCAGGGUGAAUUGAUUUAAAUCACUGAAUAUAAUCCAUGAGUUGAAUCAUUACUUGUACCCGACCCAUCUGACUGGGUUGCCCCAGCCACUCUGGGUGGCUUCCAACAGGAUAUAAACAAGUUGCUAAUAUUUUCUAAGUUGGCAUGCAUUCCCACUGGCUCUAACAAUUAAGCAUGCUUCUUUGCAACUGGUUAGAGACUUUAUGUGACCUAGACAAAGUCAUGGAGGAGGGGCUAUUGGGGGCUUCUACCCACAAUGCCUGUGCUCUGCUUCCACAGUUGAAGGCUGCAAUGCUUCUGAAUUCCAGUUGCUGGAAACCACAAGAGAGGAGAGUGCUCUUGUGCUUUGGAUCCUGCUUGCGGGUUUCCCAGAAGAGGCAUCUGGUUGGUCGUUGUGAGAACAGGAUGCUGGACUUGAUGGGGCCCCCUUUGGCCUGAUCAAGCACAACUCUUCUGAUGUAGACAGUGUAGCAACUCUUAAAGCAUGACAUAUUGAGAAUAUUUGAUUAAAAAAUAAAAACACUGUCUGAAAAAAGUUACCAGAACUAAAAAUUCCUAAUGUCUUGAUCAUAAAACCUGUACUUAAAUUGUGUUUGCAGUGAACCAUUCUUAGGAGGAGUUGGAGGAGUGCAGAAAGUAAUUUUGAAACCCAGAUUGAAAAUUUGUUGAAAUAUUCUAGGGUGGAGGUUUCUGGCUUUUGCUAAAUCUCAUCUGGACAUUUGCUUACUGCCCAGGUGAGCUUUCCAACUAAUCCUUGGUUUUUUUCCUUCCCACAGGAGGUGGGAAGAGCUUAUGCUACCAGCUACCAGCUUGCGUUUCAGCAGGAGUCACCAUUGUGAUCUCCCCCUUGAGGUCACUGAUAGUGGAUCAGGUUCAGAAGCUAACAUCAAUGGAUGUGAGUUCAAGCCCAUGGUUUUCUCAUUGAUCCUUUGCAUGAGGAGAGUUUGUCUGCAUCUUCAUUAGUCGUGACCGAUUCUGCUCUUUGCUCUGGGGUAUGACUUCAUGCAAAUUAGAAACUUCCGUUCUUUAUUUCCAAUAUUUGGGCAUUGCUAUUCAGAUUCAAAUUGAUCCAAAGUUUAGGAGCUCAGCACCAUAGCAGGCAAGGAAGGGAGCAUGGACACACAUUUAGACCUACAUCACGAAAGCUAGUACUUCAUCUGUGUGUACCGUUUUUGACUUACUGUAGAUAAUAGUGUAAAAUGAGUGUUGAAUUCAGCAAUCCAUUUGCUGUUGCAUCUGUUUCGUCUAUCAGUGGUAGAACACCUGCUUUGCAUGCAGAAGAUCCCUGAUACAAUCUAGGGCUGGGAGAGAACCGUAUCUGAAAUCCAAGAGAGCCGCUGCCAGCCUAUGUGGAUAAUAGUAAAUGGACUAAUAGAUCUGACUUGGGAACACAGAGAGCUACUUUAUACUGAGGCCAAACAGCUCUUCUUCUGUCAUAGAUUCCAGCAACUCACCUGACAGGUGACAAGACUGAUGCUGAAGCAUCCAGAAUCUACAUGCAGCUGUCGAAGAAAGACCCCAUCAUAAAACUCCUCUAUGUUACUCCAGAGAAGGUUUGUAUAAGGUCUAAGCACCAUCAGCAUUGGGUUUUAUCAUAUAUAGGAUACAGCCCACCAGGCAAAGGAAGCCAGCAGGUUUGUAUGGAGGAGAGCUAGGCUUCCAUCCCUGCUCAGACAUGAACUCUGCUUGCAUGACUAGAGCAGGCCUCUGCUUAUCAAUGGUGUAGAAAAAUUGGGGUUUAGUUUUUUUGCUGCCCAACUCCCCAAGGGACUGAGACGCCUAAGUUCAUGAUCAGUCAGAGAUGAACGGAUGGAGGCAAGGAUCUAAAGAAAGCAAAGCAGAUCCUUACUUACUUUUUUGCAACAGAGUUCCCUCCCCUCCCUGCAAAGGAGGUAAAGGAGACCAAGAGCAAAGAAAAAACAUCUCUUUUUAAAGGGCUGCAUUUUGGCCCCUUUAGAAACCAGAAAUUACAUCACACACAAGGUGGGGCUACAGUGGCUCAGGCAGGUCAAGGUGUGACAUUCCCGAGGAUUUAGCAAGUUUUACAUAGCUCCAGACACAGUUUAUGCAAAAUAUUAGCAUUUGAUGAGACAAUCAGGAUGCCCAGCCAACAUCCCUCAGUGCAGAGCCUUUCGGCAAACAGUGACAAACAAUUAACACAAAGGAGGUUCAUAGAUUUGGGAGAGGAAUCCCUUCAGGAACUUUCCCUGAUUGCUAUCUGCCUAUGUGUUCUCAGGCAAGAGUGAUUAUGGAGGACUCGAAUUAUACAGUUAUAAAUGAUUUCCAUAGGAAAUUCAGGUUGUCCUUGUUUUAACAGGCUAGAAUGAAAGUAUACUGGUUCUCCAAGCUAUUUCUCUCAAGGACUUUUCCAAAUGUUGAAGGGUGAAGGAUUGGUUUCCUGUGGACUGGGUGUCUGCUAUGUGUGCACCCUAAAUUUUGCAACACCAAGUCUAUCUGAAAUGGUGGAUGAGGGCAAAUGAGAUAAGGAGGCUAAAGCACUUUUUUAUGCUGAAAGGUGAUGUAGAAAGGCAUCUGCUAUGUGCGAAUAUAUAGUGAUAGCAAUUCUCCGCUAAUGUUUCUGGGUCCUUGGGUGUGGGUCUUCCUUAGAUCUGCUCGAGUGGCCGGCUGAUGUCAACCCUGGAGAAUCUCUAUGAGCGGAAGCUGUUGGCACGCUUUGUGAUUGACGAGGCACACUGCGUUAGUCAGGUGACCUUCUCUUUUUUGGAAAUGUCAGAGGUUGGUGAACCAGCUGAACCCUUGCAUUGAUCUGUAAGCAAAUUAACUUUUUUUAAAAAAUCUUUUGACUAGUGGGGCCAUGACUUCCGCCAAGACUACAAGCGGCUGAAUAUGCUUCGUAAGAAAUUUGCUUCCAUUCCUAUGAUGGCUCUUACUGCUACCGCAAAUGCAAGGGUGCAAAAGGACGUCCUGAAUCAACUGGAGAUGCUGAAGCCACAGGUGUAAGUUUGAUCUACACCAGGAAUUCUCCAACUUACUAUACCCAGUGGCCCACAUGAGAUCACUGAAAACCACCAAGGCCCAAAAUGGUGGCGCAGGGCAGGCAGCAUUAAAAUGGUGGCCAGUGGCAUUUGCUGUGUCUGGCAUAAUCAGCUGACAAUUGCUGACAUCUUUUUCUAAGUGAUAUCUAUUCAGUUUUUGGAAAUUCUCUGGCACAGCCUUUAGCUCAUGAAAAGGAGUUCCAUAGGUCAGCUUUCCUCAAGCUACCUGAAGGCAUUUGUUCUGGAGGUAUUGUGACUCAGCCUUCCCAUUUUUGUCAGAAUCCAGUCCCAUUUUAGUCGGGUAGAGAAGGCCUUUUAUUUUUAUAUUUUCCUUGCCCUGCCCCCAAGCAUCCCAGAAGUUGUUUUUUUAUCCCAUCUCCUAGAAUAUCUCCCCCCUAUUUUCCUUUCACACUCAACUUGAAUCUUCUCCCCACCCCACAAGCCCCAGCCACUAGUCUUUCAUCCUUCUGGCCUAUUUCCUUUACAUUUACUUCUUUGCCCUAUUAAAGUUCUGUUAUCUCUUUUUCUUCCUUUCUCUUCCCUGUGGUUGUUUAUUUCCUUCAGCGCCACUUCUGGCCCUUUCCUCUAAGAGAAAGAAAUGACUUACCUGCCCUCCUAGGCCUCUCAGCCUCCUUUACUCAGCAUACAAGGAGCUGCUGGUGUGUCCAGCCCAGAUGCUAUGGCAUGGUGGGGGCCAUACAAGUACAUGAGGAGGCACUGGUGGCUUUUCUUAAACUAUCAUUUAAGAUACAGAUAUCCUUUAGCAAUUUACUGUUUUUUAAAGAAGAAAAAAUUCUUUUUCCUGUGAUGGAUAUUUUCCAGGUUUAGUAUGAGCUUUAACAGGCGGAACCUGAAAUAUGAUGUUUUGCCCAAGAAGCCCAAAAGUGUUGCGCUGGACUGCUUGGAUUGGAUCCGAAAAUACCACCCAAGUGAGUUUGCUUCCUUUCCUUCCUCUGGCAGGAUUUAUUCGUGUGAAUCGAGGCUUUUUCAAAGAAUGAAAGAAUCGUAGAUUUGGAAGGGGCCCCUGAGGGUCAUCUGGUCCAACCCCCUGCAAUGCCGGAAUCUCAACUAAAGCUUCCAUGACAGGUGGCCACCCAACCUUUGCUUAAAAAGCUCCAAUGAAGGAGAGGCCACACCUUCUGAAGGAGUCCGUUCCACUAUCAAACAGCUAUCACUGUCAGAAAGUUCUUCAGUUCUGUGAAAUGUAGCUCAGAGGGGUGUGCGACUUCCGCUGUCACUUUUAAUUUACUUUAUUUGAGAGGACUGAAUACUCCAGCUCCCAUAUUCUGCCUGUUUUUUCUUUUUCUUUAGAUGACUCUGGGAUAAUUUAUUGCCUCUCCCGAUACGAAUGUGACUCAGUUGCCAGCACUUUGCAGAGCUCUGGCCUUUCUGCACUUGCCUAUCAUGCUGGUCUGGCGGACAGCACCAGAGACCAUGUGCAGCAGAAGUGGAUUAAUCAGGACGGAUGUCAGGUAAAGGAGAUGAAACUGUAGGUGGUGCUGAUAUCACACACAAGUAGAAAUAUUAAAAACGAACACAGGGUGUAGCCAAGACAGAUCUAAAUGGUUGUUAGCUCCUGUGGCAAAACAAAUGGCCCCGUCUGUUUAGCUGGUCAGUUUUCUAUGGCCUUUCUCAAUAGAUUUGUGUGUGUCUUCGUCUUUACCCUCCUUGAGGUGAGCCUGAAAUCGAUCAGAGUAUCAAGCCAGAAAGCACUGUGUCAGUUCAGUGUAUAAAGUGUGUUUGUGAUGCACUGCUUGCCCUUGGCAGUAUGCAAAUCCUGUUUUUGUUCUCUUCCAGAUUAUAUGUGCAACCAUUGCUUUCGGCAUGGGGAUUGAUAAACCUGAUGUGCGCUUCGUGAUCCAUGCCUCUCUUCCUAAAUCUGUUGAAGGUUACUAUCAGGAGUCAGGGAGAGCUGGGCGUGAUGGAGAAAUUUCUCACUGCCUGCUCUUCUACACCUAUAGUGAUGUCAACAGGCUGAGAAGACUCAUAUUUAGUAAGCAUUUUUCUGCGACAUCUCAAAUCUUGUGACCAGAAUCAUGCAAGAAUGGGCUUCAGUGUGUGUGGGGGUGUGUGUGUAAUUUUAUAAUUGUUGUCAUAGAACAGUGUUAGCAGCCCACUUCAGCCAUCAUGGCUAUAAAACAUAGAAGCACCACCUGCAAUAGAAUCACUUGGCAUUUGCCUCUCAAGUUUUAGGCUUUAAGUGUUUUCAUUUAGGUUGCUUGGAACAAGCAGUGUGCAGUAUCUAGCCAUAGCAUACUGAAAACUUCCUGAAGAAUUCCUUUCCCGUAAACUCCUCAAUUUUUAUAUAGAAAAAAUGCUGCAGUGUCUCAUUCCUUUCUCUUCUGUGUAUCCUACUAAAAAAGGUUGAAGUCCAGCUCACAAACUUAAAGUUUGAACCUUUUGGCUUCUUCUUCAUACAUGUCUGUAAAUUAUUGGUCAGAAGGAAAAGCAAUCUCUCGCUCUGUGUGUAUGUUCCGUAAUAAGUCAAAAGGUGCAUCAUUUGAAUUUCAGUGGAAAAAGAUGGGAACAGCCACACACGGCAGACACAUUUCAACAAUCUCUACAGCAUGGUCCAUUACUGUGAGAAUAUCGUGGAGUGCCGGAGAGUACAGCUGCUGGCCUACUUUGGGGAAACAGGCUUCAACUCUAGGUUUUGCAAGGAACACCCUGAAGUCAGUUGUGACAACUGCAGCAGGAAGCAGGUAAGCCAGUUCUACUUCUUAACUCUUCAAAACGUGUUAUCUCUUUAGAGGUUAGAACACAUGUACCGUAUUUUUCUCCCUAUAAGAUGCACUUUCCCCCCUCCAAAAAUGAAGGGGAAAUGUGUGUGCGUCUUAUGGGGCGAAUGCAGGCUCCUUGGCUUCAGCGAUAGCAACGCGAAGCCUCCGAAGCCUGCGCUCCGGAGGCUUUGCGUUGCUUCCGCUGAAGCCAGGAGAGUCUGCUCUUUGAGGCUGGUGGUGGGGGAAACCAGCGCCUCCUCCAUCGCCAGCCCCAGAGGAUGGGGGGCAGCGGGAAGGCGCACGACGCCUUCCCACUACUCUCCAACCCUCCUGUGGGCUUUUGCGGGACAUGGGGGAAUUCCCCCACCUCCCACAAAAGCAGGCAAAAGCCGCACGCUCUUUAAAGGGGCUCCACGGCUUCUGCUGGCUUUUCUAGGAGGUGGGGGAAUUCCCCCAUCUCGUAGAAAAGCCAGCAGAAGCCGUGGAGCCUUUAAAGAGCGCGCCGCUCUUGGGGGCUUUUCCCCGAGGAGGGAGAAGGGACUGACUGGCCAUUUCAGUCCCUUUUCCCUCCUGGUCGAAAAGCCCGUAGGAGUCGCGCACGGCUCCGGUGGGCUUUGCGGGAGGUGGCGGAAUUCCGCCACCUCCCGCAAAAGCAGGGAGAAGGUCUUGGAGUAGCGCACAGGCUGCGUGCAGCCUGUCCGCUGCUCCCAGAGCUGCGGGGGGGAAAUCACAUUUUCCCCCUUGAUUUCCCCCCCUGAAAACUAGGUGCGUCCUAUGGGCCGGUGCGUCCAAUAGGGCGAAAAAUACGGUAUUUCUGGUAGCGGCUGGGCAGGAGUGAUUUUUGGGCUGUAGAAACUAAGGAUUGCAACUUGCAGGCAAUGACUUCCAGCUGUUUUCUUCAAUGUAUGACUCGUUUUUUCUUGUAUUUCCCUCAGAUUAAUCUCUCAGAUUUAAGCUAACACUUCACUUAGCUUGUAUAUCUUGAGUUUGGAACGGUAUCCAAAUUGGGGCCAAUACUGUAUUGUCAACAGCCAGAUGUAGUGCAACAAAUCAAUCUUUCCUCCUCAAAACUGUUUUUGUUAGGAUUAUAAACCACGGAACGUGACAGAAGACGUGAAAAACAUUGUUAGGUUUGUUCAGGAGCAUUGUGGAGAGAAGCGAGUAAGAAGGAAUAACACAGGGAGGUACACCUUGAAUAUGAUGAUUGACAUUUUCUUGGGUAAGUUGCAGUGUAUGCUGUCAACACUCAGUGUUGGAUUUGUUUCUUGGAUCACUGGUUCCCAAAGUGGGUGGUACCAGCUCCUGGAGGGGGGGAUUACCUAGGGGAGUGCUAAGAGGCAAGUGGGAGGCAGAGAGGUGUCAAUUACUAUCAGACUUUGAAAAGCUGGUAUCACUGGAUUAAUUUAAUCAAUUUUGUUGAAUUAAUUAAAAAGUUUUAAUUGGAUUUUGAACAAAUGUGCAAUUAGUAGUUACUGUUUUGACUUCUGUUAUCUUCCUUAGUGGGUCAUGUAUGUUAAAUAAUAAUAAAUAUUCCUUAUGUAAUUUUCUGGUGAGUGAGGAGUAGCUAGCCAACCUCCCAUGUGGUUUUGGUUCAUUUUGCCAUCUGGCCUUGGUCAUGAGAGGGAAGGUGGUUAAAUCACUCUGAGGAUUCUUGUGCUGAAGCAGCCUGCUUUUGCCUUUAUUAAGAAGACACACUGUGUUUUUCUGUACAGGUACAAAGAGUGCCAAGAUUCAGUCUGGCCUGUUUGGCAAAGGAGCAGCCUACUCACGCCAUAAUGCUGAGCGACUCUUUAGGAAACUGGUACUGGACAAGAUUCUAGAGGAAGACCUUUACAUCACUGCUAAUGACCAAGCAGUUGCAUAUGUCCAGACUGGUGAGAAAGCUUAUGCUGUGCUGAAUGGAUCUCUGCAGGUGUGUAAGAGCUAAAUUCAUCUACUUGCCUAAAGUGUGUCAUGCCCUGUCUCCUCCUCAAGUAGGUCGUUGGAGCGACCCAGGAAUAUAGUUAAGAAAAUCUCAAGGUCUUGCAGAGAAUGGCUGAAAAAGGAGAUGCUCUAAUGGGUGCCUUCAUCCUCUACCUGUGUUGCUGUCAUAGUCUCAAGCUGCAUAGAAGGAAACUGCACAUCUUAGAUUCAGUUGUACAUUAGUGAGAUUUUCUUCUUCUGCCUCCUUCAGGUAGAGUUCCAUGAAACUGAAAGUGCCAGCAGCAUUCGCAAGCACCAAAGGGCGUCCGUGAUCAAAAUUUCCCAGCGGGAAGAGAUGGUUAAGAAAUGUCUCUCAGAACUCACAGAUGUCUGCAAAAACCUUGGGAAAGCAUUUGAUGUUCAUUACUUCAAUGUUUUUAACACUGCCACGCUUAAAAGAAUUGCAGGUAAUGUUGGUGCUCAUGGAGAAACGGUUCAAGUCUGUGUCUGUUAAUGUAGUACAGUACCGUUGCGUCUUGUAUGCACAAUUUCAACCUUGUGUGGUUGAAAGCCAGCCAGCUGAAAUCCUGCAAAUUAAUUGCAUGCAAGCUCCUUUUACGCUGCAUUUUCAUGGCGUGGAAAGAGCUUUUAAGCUCUCAGACUUCCUUACUCAGCUGGCCCAGCAAGAUUUUGUGAGAGCGUUCAAGAGCCCAGUAAGCUAGGCAUGAGCUUAAAACUGCUCUGCCUUGCUUGGAAGGUGUAAGGAUGGUCAUGCAAGGGUGGUCCCAAAGGAGUGGUUCAGGUGUAUGUGUUUUUGCAUAUAUGCGCCAUUCCCAGAGCGUAUCCCCCCCACAAGACGUGGUUGUACUGUAACUCUUUCCCUCUGUGAUAUUCCUGGUGUCUGCCAGGUGGCGUGGCUUGCAUGGCCCUUGCAUGGGAAUUUCAGAACAACACUCUUAAUAGCAGAACUGAGAGAUUUUGCUGUGCUCUUUUUGCAUGAAGAUAGAAAGCAAAUGGACUGUUCUGCUUGUAAAAGAAGUCACUGCCUUGUGUGGUGAUCAAUCUUUUCAACAACAAAAAGUGUUCAGCAUAUGUAUCCUUGUCCCUGCUUAUACCAGACAUUCUCAGAUGUCAAGCCAUUUUAAAGAUCUGUUUUUCUUUCCUGGUCUCCAGAGACACUGUCUCCAGACCCUGCAGUUCUGCUUCAGAUUGAUGGUGUUACAGAGGACAAGUUAGAGAAGUAUGGAGCAGAAAUCAUUGAAGUGCUGCAGAAGUAUUAUGAAUGGACACUGCCAGGUAUUGUGUGACUUCUGCAUUGUUAGAAACAUUUUCCGGUUAUGCACGUUAUUUAUUUAUAAGUGUAGUCACUUCAGUUAUUGUAUUUCUCUGCAUGAUUACCAUUGGAACGAGGAACUCCUCGGGGAGCCCUUUAUUUGAAAUGGCUUUUUAAUGCUAUCUUGGUCACUUCAGUCAUGAUGAUGAUACUUCCCCACCCCCCAUGAUGGAAGCAACUCAAACCAUGCCAUGCAGACUGCUCACAUAUUCCUUUUUCAGUGACAGUGGUGCAAAUGGCACUGUCACCCUGAAGUGGUUUUCAGACCAGCAAUUCUCUUGCUUUACAUCAUAACACUAUCUGUGCUAAGGGGAAGCGGAGAAGCUGCAGGGUUAUGGUCUCUGUUUGACAACAUCCAAAGCCACAGGAUUAAAGACACCUGGGUCUGUUUCAACAGCGGAAAACAAGCCUCUUUCGGCUACAGAAGCUGACGCUGAAAGAAAUUCCAGUACUGAUGAAGCAGAGGAGGAGCUGCAUACAACAUCUGCCUAUUUCCACAACAGACCCAACAAGGGAAGGAAGAGAAAAAAGCCUCAGUUCUUCAGAGAAUCAAAGAAGAAAAUGAGGUCUGGAGGCCAGCAGGCUCGUUCUAAAGGGUAUGGCUGUUUGUUUUUUAAUCCUUCGGUGGCGAGUAAGCCAGAUAUAACAAUGGGAUUAAAGCCCUAUGGUGCCAAUUAAGAACACUUUACAGUAAAGUAAAGUAAAAUAACUUUUAUUGUGAAGACCUCACAAGGAGUGAGGAGCACAUUGCCAUAGUAGCAACAUGGAAUCACUAAAUUUUAAGUCAUCCCAUAAAAUCAUGACUGACAAAGCUGUGAUGCCAGCCUGGAAGUGCUGUCCCUUUCAGGGUGUCUUUGUGGAACACAGCAAUUCCCACGUUAUGUGUAAGGCUGGGUGUGUAGGGCUGGAUGAAAUGGACAAAAACAACUGGGAGAAUUCCAAGCACCUAGAAGAGAGGGACGUGCUGGUGCUAAAGGGUUAGUUUCUCAGCAGUGAGGUCAAGAGCCCCAAUGCCAAACUGAAAUCACGCUGGUAUUCUGGUCUCCACCUUAUAAAUGUACAAAUGAAACAUUUGGCCAAAAUGCAGAGCAGAAAUGUUGGAGGUUGUUUCUUAGGGAUUUAAAUCUCAUAAGACUCUUGAAACAACAGAUAAAGUAUAUAUGCAUGUUUACAAAAUUAUUGGGGUCAAUGACCUAUUCUAUAUUUCCCUUUCUAACUUUCUAGGGGUUACAGAACCGGCAAGAAGGCAUCAUCUAACUCCAAAAGUUCCGCAUCUUACAUUCCUCCUGCCAAGCCAGGAAUUGGCAAAAGGCCUGCAAUUAUGGCACCGCCAAAACCACAAAGCAGACAAUACCUUAAACCUUCUUUCUCACUUUUGUAAUAUCCUUAGAGACUUUUUAAUUUCUAUGGAAGCUGUUUAACUAAUUUUUUAUUGAGGUGUAACACUCAUGCCUAAUGUUAAUAAAUACAUUUGCUUGAACCAACUGUGAGAGUUUCUAGCAAGG